AUCACUAUAGUAGUUGACGGUGCAUGGGAAAAGCGCUCGCUGGCGGCCUAUGCAGCAUGGGUUGCUUAUGAUAGUGACGACCUGGCUGUGGCUUCUCAUUACCACCGAUUAUAUGCUACCUCGGCUCUCCAAGUGGAAGCAACAGCCUGUCUCCUAGCUUUGCGAUGGGCUAAUGCUAUUUCCUUUCCUUCAAUUCUAGUUAAUACUGACUCGGAGCUCCUGGUUUGUAACCUCAGAUCUCGGAAAGUUUUAGAUAUUAUGGUUCAAUGCACUCAUUCAGACUUCAAGCUCUUAGGAAGUUGUUUUGACUGCUGCAAAAUGCAGAAAGUUAGCAGGGAUGGGGUUGCACCGGCACAUCUCCUAGCGAAAGCGGCUCUACGUAACAGGUUAAUGUUCCUCGCUUCAAUGGUAGCCUUAUCUGAUUUUGUAUGUUUCCAGUUGUCACGAAAAAAAAGAGAGAUUCUUCAAUUGUUGGUCGUAGGAGGAACAUCAGAAAAUUAAGAGAAAGAGUAUUAAGAUAAGAUAGACGAUUCGAGUUGCUGUGUUAUCUUGAAAAAUCCCCUUAAGUUUAGUAUUGUCUAAAGAAGAUUUGAAGACAUAGUACUAUCGAUCCAUUGUGUCUAAUAGAAUCAAGAUGUUUGCAUAGUCAUUAGAUAUAUCGAUCAGUUGGACGAGGAGCUUUAGGACGAUUUAUGUGAGCAUUACACUCAAAUAACUCAAUUCAAUUCGAAUAUUGCACCUUUUCACAAUCAACAAUCAAAGGAAAUGGAUUUUUAUAUAUGGUUAAUCAGAGGUUGUGCAGCAUCGAGUGUCAUGGUGAAGCGUUUGGUAAUUUGCGACUAGGACAGGGGGCGCUAAUGGUGCUAUAUGAGCAGGGUGGAAGCAAAGGGGUGGGGCGCAUAGCCUAGAAUAUGGAAUUUUGUUUUUGUUUGGAGUGAUUUCCAUAAUUCAAUAUAUAUGCAGGUUACAAGCUGAUAGUCCUAAUUGCAUUAAACGUAUUAAAGAUAAAAUAUCCAUUUGCAACGUAUACCCAAAAAAUAUUUUAUUCUAUCACAAAAAAAAAUUACAUGGUUAAGCCAAUUAGGCAAUUACAACUCAAGUCGAACUACAAGUAUAACUCAACAAUUAGUCAAUCACAAGUCGGGUAAGGCUAUGAUGAGUUUCACGAGUAACAACAACCAAUUCACGAGAGUAAAUUGGUUUUUGAACUAAGUCGAGCACAGUCCUGAUCUCGAUCAACUCGCUCAAUUAACAAUCCUACAUGAUCAAACUUUUACAUUGAUAUUACGACACAAAUGGAGUCCUUUGUGUUUUUUUUAUGAAAAAAAAAAAAAGAUAGUUACUAGUCCUUUUUCAUAUGCGAGAUAGGAAUCAUGUGAUAUAAAUCCAUUAAUAACAUCCGUCCCACUCCCACACACUACAUGGUUUACUACUUCUAGUUGGGUUACUCCUGCACUCUUAUUACAAGUCCAUCUGAACGUUCAUCUAUAAAUGUUACAUACUCCCCUUGGGAACUCUUUUCUCAAUCAAUCAACCCACGACUUCAAAUACCAUACAAUUAUACAUCAUCGCAUUAGAUCUCUUGGAACUCUCACAUGCUCUCUCCCUAAAUAGUAAAUAGCAAAGAUGCAGAAAGUUAUGUUCCUCUUAUCAUUGUUAUUUCUUUCUACCAAACUCUCCCUUCAAACUCAAGCACCAUAUGAAUCUAUAUUAUAUCGACCUGUAAUUGAUCAACCUAGACUUCCAUCUCAACCUCAUGUAAGACAAUAUCAUCACCUUCCUCUUGGACUCAACGCGGUUGCACCGGAGUCUAUAGCAUUCGAUUGCCAAGGAGGUGGUCCGUACGUUGGAGUUUCCGAUGGUCGGAUACUCAAGUGGCAAGGUCCUUUACUUGGUUGGACAGUCUUUGCAGUAAUCAGUCCAUAUAGGUCGAAUUCGUGUGAUGGGCUUAACGACUCCCCAGCAGAGCAAUAUUGUGGCAGACCACUAGGCCUAAAGUUCAACAUGGUAACUAGUGAAUUAUACAUUGCUGAUUCAAGCUUUGGCUUAGUGAAGGUUGGUAGCAAUGGCGGUAUCGCAACUUCAGUUGCCACCAUUGCCGAAGGAAUCUUAUUUCGAUUUCUAAAUGCCUUGGAUAUCGACUCUGAGAGCGGUGAUGUUUACUUUACAGAUAGUAGUUCUCAUCAUCAUCGAUGGGAGUAUACAGCAAUAGAUUCAACUGAUCGAAGCGGAAGAUUGAUGAGAUAUAAUCCAAAAACAGGACGAACGAUCGUUUUGCUUAAAGGCCUAUCAUUUGCAAAUGGAGUAGCAUUAAGCAAGAACAGAGAUUUUGUUCUGGUUGCUGAAACUACAUUGCAUCGAGUGCAAAGGUAUUGGCUCACAGGUCCUGGUGCUGGAACUUCUGAGGAGUUUAUUAAACUUACUGGACAACCAGAUAACAUUAAUCGAAAUGGUAAUGGAGAUUUUUGGGUAGCACAAAAUCCAACUGGACCCAUUAGAGUUAAUGAAUCUGGAAUCAUACUGGAAAGUUUGAAUAAUAGUGAAAUAGUGGAUUGUAGUGAUGUGAUCGAAUUUAACAAUAGUUUGUGGAUAGGUUCAGUAGUUCAAUCUUAUGUUAUGUAUACUAGCUAGAUUAUUAUUCUAGUAUGAUGGUUAAUAAUAUUUUUGUUCAAAAUGGGAAAGCAUAU